AUGAAUCAAUUGAAACCUGUUACAUUAAGUAAAUUUUCUACUGAUAAUCCACCUGACAGUGUUGAAUGGUGUCCAACUCAAAGUACUUUGUUUGUAUGUGGAACGUAUCUUUAUGAUGGUGCUGAUAAAUCUAGGAAAGGUUCUAUUUUUUGUUUAAAUCUCAAUGAAUCAACAAAUUCAAUAAAUACACUUCAACAUCUAAACACAAAUGGUAUAUUAGAUAUGCAAUGGUUACAACAUGAUUCCACUUAUUUAUCAACAAUUUGUUCAAAUGGCCAGUUUGUUUUAUACUCAUUAACAUCCGAUCAAAAUGAACCACUAAAACAAGUUUUAUGUGAAGAUGUAACAGCCGAUCAAACAUUGGGUCUAACUCAUAAUUGGUAUCGUCCAAGAGAUAUAAAUCAAUUGACAUCAUCACGUUAUCUUGUUGUUGGCGAUCAAUCGGGUUCAUUAACAUUAGCUGAAUUGAAUACCAACGGUUUAGAAUAUAUUCAACAAUGGCAAGCGCACGAUUAUGAAUGUUGGACAUGUGCUUUCGAUUAUACUAAUUCCAAUAUUGUGUUUAGCGGCGCUGAUGAUUGUUUAUUCAAAAUAUGGGACAUUAGAGAACAAGCAAAAGAAACACAUUUAUCACGCGAACAUAAAAUGGGCGUGUGUUCAAUAGCAGUGAGUCCUUUUGAUGAACAUCAAUUUUUAACAGGUUCAUUUGACGAAUAUCUAAGACAAUGGGAUAAACGCAUGUUAGAUAAAUCAUUGAAAGAAACAAAGUUGAAUGCUGGUGUAUGGAAAAUAAAAUAUCACCCGCAAAAUGCACAAAAUAUCUUGUGCGCAUGUAUGGCCAAUGGAUUUCACAUUGUAGAUAACACAAAUUUAACUGUAAAAUGUUCAUAUACGGAACAUACAUCUUUAGCAUAUGGUUGUGACUGGAAACACCGCGAUCCUCUCAAUGAACUAGCAUCAAUGAAUAUGGAUGACCAUGACAUUACUAACAAUUUACAAGACAAUGACAAUACAGUAGCAACGUGUAGUUUUUACGAUAAAAGUGUACAUGUAUGGAAAACUCAGACAAUUCAUUAG